CGCAGAUGCGGAAGUUUGAAAGGUCAACAAGGAAAUCCAAGGAGCUACAUAAUCAGACAAAAACUUUGUUGCAGAAACACAUUUUAUUACAUUCAAGAUGACAAUCAUCAAAGGUUCAUCACAUAAACCAGAUAAAACCAUUCUUGAGAAGAAGCUGCUACAGGAGUCUUUGGAAGAAGGAGGAGAGCCAGCACAUGCACCAGAGGUCCAUGUAACACAUUUUCAUGUACAACAGAAAAGGAGAUGCUGUUUCAAUUUUUUUCUGAUUUUACUAGCUUUGUUAGUUUUAGCUGCUGGUAUUGUGUCUGGCGUCUAUCUGUACAAACACCUGUCUAAGAAGCAUUACAAAGGUUCAGUAACGUUUGAACCUACUGAACCACACUAUUUACCAGAGCAACAGAAAAUGAUGGAACCAUUUCACAAGGACCAUGUUGGAAAGGAAAAAUCUCAUAUGAAGCAUGUCCACAUGAAUUUUAAUCGUUUGAAGAUGAACCCUACGAAACCUUUCAGAGUUCAGCAAGAUGUGGAAGUUGAGGACAAUAGUUAUGAAAGAAUUCACAUGCCAAAGUUUGGAAUCUUUAAGGAGACUCUAGUGCUCCAUGAUUUCACAAGGAACUACUCUGGAAUUGUUGACUUUGAUGAAGGAGUAUGCUAUGUUAUGAGGCUGAAUAGAGACAAAAUCACACCACCAAGAGAUUGGUUCGACUUGAUCAGAAAGUUUGCAACUGGCUACUACAUGCCCAAGGCAUCAGUACUAAAAAGGAAAUAUAGAGUAGCUGAAGGACCUCUGAAAGAUCUCUCCAGAUUUGGGAUCUACAUUGAAAAAGAAUGCAGCAACUACCGUACUUUCUGGCUGGAAAAGAAAGUUGGAGAUGGUUUGAUUGAGAAGAGAAGUGCCGUCAGUGAGAAUUGUUAUGGAAACUUCAAUGGAAUUGACACUGUUGUAGAAUAUUGCAUCACACAGUAGAUAUGAAGUAGACAAUUUGUUAUUUGUUUUCUUGUUAUAAUGUAUACAAACUUCAUUGCAAAAGCUACAUUAUAUACUGUUUCAUACAUUUAUUUAAAUUCAUAUUUGAUAAUUGGAUAGAGGAGAAUCCAUGAUGAAUCGAAGUCCAUAGAAUUUGAGAAUAGUGUUCUGUGAGAUUUGUUAAUACGGUCAGCAUAAUUUUGUUCAUCUGUGGUUAUAUGUUUUGAACAUCUCCACCAGUUUAACAAGUGGUAAGAUUUUUUCAGAGUUAAAAUUGUACAGUAAUGGUAAAUUUUCUCAUUAUAAAUGAUUAAAUUAAUUGUUUUUUAUGAAAAUCAUUAUGAAAAAAUUGUGGGACACAUCUCGUAUAACAUUGUAAACAGCAGACAUACAGUGAUUCUCUACUGGAAUAACUAUUAAGAACUUUGUGAAAGUUAAAUGAGAACCAUUUUUAACUGGAUUUUCGAAGGAAAAAUCGGUUAUUGAUUUGGGGAUGUUCAGUGGGCUGGCGGGCGGCUGCCAAACAGUGUCCGUUCAUUAACAUGAAAACGUUUUUCAAAUAUUGGUUUGAUUGGAUGACAGCAUGAAUUCAAAGAUAAAGUAAAUAAAAAGUAUGCCUCUUUGAUAUGUUUUAUAGAUUUCUUUCUGUCCAUGUUAGAACAGAAUAUUUUAUCACUGUUUACCAUUACAGCUGUUGUAAAUGUUAUUUGAGGGCCGUUCCAAAAAUGGAUUGUGGUGGGGGCAUGGGAGGCACUCAAAUUAAUUAAUUAUGGGUGGUUGCAUUUAUUCUUCAUAAUUUGUAAAACUGAAUAAUUAAAUUAAAAUUUAUAUUAUGGGUGGUUGGGGUCUAAAAAAAAAAAAGGUGCCUCCCUUGCCCCAUGAAUUUAAUUCUGGAAUUCAGUGAUUGUUUAAAAUUUUCAAUGGAAAUCACUAAGCCUGAGCAACACUUAUAAUUCUAUCUGUAAAUAAUCAGUAUGAGAAAACAUUUUAGUACAGUAUGGUUUUACAACUAAAACUAUCUCCCAAUAAUAAGGUUACAAUUUAAAAAGGACUCAAAAAAUAAGUCUAAACUCAAAUCCAAAAGCUGUAAUUCUGUAAAAUUCAUAUUCAAUCUGUAACUCAGUAUAAAAUGAAUACAUACCAAAACCUCAGAAAUUCAUCAAAAACAGAAAAAGGAUGAAAAAUCCAAAAUUUUAGUAAAGACCAGUACUUGUACUAAUCCUGUUUCAUGUAUUUACCCUUUAUUCCAUUUCCAAGGAUAUAUUUCAUUUUUUUCAUUUUUAACUGUCAAAUUCAAAGUUUAUCCUACAAGAUUUGUAUAUAUGUGUUUAAUGAACAAUAAUAAUUUGCUUUUUUUUUUCGUUUUUUUUUUUUUUUCAAUUCAUACAUAUUGAUAUUGUUUUUGUUUGUUAAACUUUCAACCCCCCCUUUUUUCAAAGUCUUGUACUGUCCUGCCUUAGAUACAUCUGUCUUCAGCUUGAUAUGCUACACAGCAAACUACAUAUUUUUGCCUUUCAAUGUAUGUAUUUUUUUAAUUAUUUUUGUAAUGUUAUUUGUAUUGUUUAUUAUUUAUAUGUAAUUUUGUGAUUGUUAGGGAACACUAUUACUGGAAAAACACAUUUUUUGUCUUUUACAUAAUUUAAAAACUAUCUUUCUUCAUUUGAAAUAAUAGUACAGUUUUUUGUCUGGGAAAGACACAAUCUGAAUUGCAAACUACAAAAUAAAAUGCUUUUGAAAAAAAUACCAAUGUAUCCUGUUGUUCCUCUUUAUAUGCCCUUCUCUUCCAACCUGUUUACCAAAUCUAACUCUCUUUUUUUUUUAAUUCUACCUCUAUUGUAAAGCUGUAAUUUCUGUAAAACAGGGGACACCUUUUGACAAGAAUUGCCAAUACAAUUUUUUUUUCAGUUUUAGUAGGAAAAGCCAUGGUUAUAAAGAAAGGUUCAAUUAUUGUUUUUGAUAGCUGUAUUCUCCCAAUUAAAUUUUUAAAUAGGUUUAUAUUUUGUUUUGUUAUAUCAAAUAUAUGUUGUCUUUAAAUUGAAUGUUUAAGAUAGUGGCAAAUAUUGUUUUGUUUUCAGUUGAUACAUCUUUUCAUGCUGUAACAUGUAUAAUACUAAGUGAAUUAUUUUUUGUAAAACAAAAACAGAAUUACAUGUGUAUAAACAAAUUUACAAAUUUUCUCUGAUAACCAAGACAACUAAAGAAUUGAUUACAGUUCGCUGACAUAUUCUACUGUUAUCAUGCCCUAUAAAAGUGAACAAUUUUAUAUUUUAUACACAGCUUAAAUAUGAAAGUUUAAAAAAUCAUUCAUUGUUCAUGAGUCAAACCAGAUUUGUAAUUUUAACUUAACACCCAAAAAUAGGAAUGAAGGUGCAAAAAUAAUAACAGUUCACAGACAAGUAAUUUUACAAUGUAUACUGUAAAAUGAGAUGAAAGGAAACACAACAAAGAAGUUUUAAUUUAAUCAGUUAAACAUUCAGUUUAUUUUUAUGUUUUUGUCUGAAGAUACCACAGUAGUGUCUUACAUUCAUUGUUUUAUAUAUAUAUAUAAAUAUACAUGUAUAUACUGUAAGAGCAGGCAUUUUCAUUGAGGGUUUAAUUUAGUUUAUUUCAUGGAUAGUCAUUAUCCACAAAAUUAAAACCUGAAUGAAAUUUUUACCUACAAAGAAUAUUACUUUCACAUAAACCACGAAAAUUAGUUCCCAUAAAAUUAUUUUUAGAGACAAAACUUUAAAAAAAAAUUCCAACCCCAAAUUAUUGUUUCUGCAGUAUUAUAUUAAGCUAUGUUUAUAAUACAUAAUAUCUUCCUUAAAGAUACAUUUCUAUUAACUUCAUGAUCUAUUGUUUAAAGAAUAUCAAGUUUUUUUGUUUUAUUUUAUUGAAGCCUAAAAGAUUAAUAAAGAAAUAAGAAUUUCUAAGAUACAAAAAACUUUUUAAAUUUUGUACAUUUUGUAAUGUUAUUUGUUAUCAUCAUAUUAAAAUAAAAGUAUUCAUAAAACAUG